GUAUCCCCCAUGGCAGGUAACGAGGCUUAUGCCAGCGCCAUCGAGCGAGCAAAGCAGAUUGUUUCAAAAUUUUCUAUGUCCGAUGACGGGUCCACAACCAAUGGUGGCAUAGCUGGUAUGAAAAGGCCUGCUCAGGAGGAAAAUAACAAUUUUGCUACAACUGAAAAACGCCCUUUAGUAAUGGAUAAGGUGGCUGCUGCUGCAGAAGCUGCUGCUCGGAUUAAUCAGAAGUUGGGUGGUACACAACCGACCUCAACUCUACCACCAACUUCAAACAAUAACUCUGUUGGUUCCAGGGUUGUUACUACUGAGACUGCUAUCCCUGAUAGAUAUGUUGGCCUAGUUAUAGGGAAAGGUGGGGAGCAAAUAACACAACUUCAAAAUGAUACACAAUGCAAGGUUCAAAUUUCCCAAGCUGGUACUCCCGAGCGUACUGUUACCCUAACUGGAACUCCGCAGCAAAUUGAUCAUGCGAAACAAAUGAUUGGUGACAUAAUUGAGCGUGCCGGGAAAAACGGCACACCAACUACCCCUGCCUACAAUUCAACUGGAAGCAUAACAACCAUUGAGAUGAUGGUUCCUGGUUUAAAGGCUGGUUUAGUGAUUGGCAAGAACGGUGAAACUAUCAAAAAUCUGCAAGAAGAAAAUGGCGUCAAAAUGGUGCUUAUCCAACAAUCAAACAACCCGACUCCUGAAGACAAACCGCUGAGAAUAUCCGGCGAGCCGGCACGAGUGGAAAAAGCUCGACAAGCUGUUCUUGUUCUCAUAAAUUCCAGAGAUCGUCCUGGAGGGUCAAUGCACUAUGGAUACGACGGCCAAGAAACAUCUCAAUAUGCCGUUCCGGCUGAAAAGGCAGGACUUGUAAUUGGCAAAGGUGGCGAGUCCAUUAAAGAAAUUUGUCGAGUCAGUGGAGCCCAUGUCGAAAUAUCAAAGGAGCCACCACCGGACCCCUCUAUCAAAAUAUUUAAUGUCCGUGGUAACAGACAAGAGAUAGAACAAGCCAUAAGAAUGAUCUCUGAGCGUGCUGGUAUUCCCAUGACUCGACCAGCUACUACCACCGGUGCUGUUCCUGGGCCUUGGGGUCAAUACGGCUACCCACAUGCAGAUCCAUGGACCAUGGCCAACUGUGCCCAAAAUGCCGUUGCGGCCGCCGCCAUGCCGGCUCCUACAUAUAACCCAUACACCGGUCAACCUGAUUACAGUGCAGCUUGGGCUGAAUACUACAGACGUCAGGGUAUGCAUGAAUGCGCCGAUGCCAUUCUAAGACAGGCUCAACAACCCUCAGUGGCUGCCGUUCAACAGACGGCCCCAGUGCCUACAGGUCAUGUGCAAGCUGCGCAAUCUGGUACACCGGCAGCUGCACCCUCUCAAGUUCCUGUUCAAGCACAACCAACGGCUACUGGACAGACAAACUGGGAUUCUUACUACAUGCAGUCAUACGGUUCGAAUUUCCCUUGGCAAACGUAACGGCGCUUGCUGGUUGUUCAGAGCUCGAUCUACGAAUAAACGUCUUUUUAAUGAGUGACAAUUUUGUAAUUUGUGCCUUAUAAAAUAAACGUUACUAUGCUCGUAAUUUCAGCGCUUCUUAUCUGCCGUUUGUCCGAGAAAAGCGUUAACGAUCGUUUUAAUUAAAUAAUUUCAGGCCGAGUUUAAGUACUGAAAUGCUCCGCAUCUUAAGACGUAAAUCUACAUUCCGAGAGUUCUUAAUUUGUCUCACGUGAACCUGCCGCACAGGUGUGUAGCGAAACGACUAAAGGCGCCAUACGACUACACGCCUGAAAACGCAGUUCUCCGUGCUCCUGUUGACUUAUACUUCCCGUAGGUUUAAAAGUACAGAUUGAUGUGUAUCAUGAAGCAAAGCUUGGCUUAUCUCCGAUGCCUAAAUUGACACAACGUAAUCAUGGCUAUUCGAACUGACAAGUAUUAUUGGAGUUGAUUUAAUGAUGAUCGGUAUGUCUAGAAACCGAGGCAAUGACGCCACUGAAAACAUUAGAUAGCAAAUUCUUGCGUCAUCGUGAUUGAUCCUCGAGAAACACGCUUCCAACCAUUAAUAACAGUAACUUCAAAGAUUAGCAAACCCUAAAACUCAUGACCGUCUAGAAGUUGAUGACUUCAGAGAUAUAACUCAUGAAGCAAACUAAAACAGUGACCAGAAGUCAGCAUGUGGCUGUUAUUCACAAGUAGACGUCAAUAGCAAACAGCAGGAUUCCUGUUAUUCUGAAAUUUAACAUGUUAAAUUCUGAAGGGGUAGUGAAUUCAUAAUAUUAGAACAUUGUAGGUUGGACCACUUAUCAGAAGCACUUUAUUAUGAAGGCGAUAUUAAUGAAACUUAAGUUACUUAACAUUUCAGAGGCUAGGUUUCACAACCAUUUAGUGGAACGUGUUGCAAAUUCGGCUUUCUACUGCUAGAUUAACACAUCUUGAAGUCUCCAAAGUUGAUAGAGCUUAGCAUAGGUCGUUCUAACCUUCGCUAUGCGUAAAGUGACGUCACCACUCAAGCUAGGACUUAUGUAGCUGCCCAAACUUACGGAUUUCUCAACUACUUGUAGGUGUUCUUUAUCAAGAGUGGAUGAAGUUACAGAUUACCGCCAGUCUUGUGGAUGUACUUUGCACUUAGGUUCAAAGCACAUGCCAUACCUACAGACACUGAUAAUUGACUGACUAAGUGUAAAUUGGGUGGCUUGUGUAUCAUCGCACAGUAGGACAACAUCGUCCGCAUACUCGAGGUAGAAGAGCCUUUCUUCAGGUAACCGAUACACACCAUCACUAGAUGCUUCUAUCGGAGCUGCUUUCAGAAUGUCACUUCAGGCAAAGUUGAAUAUGAAUAGUGAGAUUAGGCAACAUUGCCUAACCUCACUGAUGGAAUGAAGCGAUGGAGGGGGAUUAUUGCAUGACCACACUCUAUCUGAGGUACUUGUAUAUAGGGCCUUUAAUGUCAUCAAACAUCUCAGAGACACCCUUCAAUAGAUAAUCCUGUCCAGUGAAUCAAAGGAAGCCCUAACAUCAUGAAG